UGAGGUUAUUGUAUAAGGGACGCGCGGCGGUGUGAGAGAGAGUAGUACACUUGUCUUCAUGGAUUUUACUGUAAAACGAAUAAACUGUUGAACAGAUUUCGAUCGUUUGGAAGCUGUAUAAAAAUGCCAGUCGACAACAAUGAGGACCAAGACUCUCCAGCCCUGUCCAGUCCUGUCAGUGCUCUAACACCAGGAGGCCAAGAGGAGAAUAAUGGGAUCAACAGAGGGACCGCCGGCCUGUCCAUCCCCGGCCGAGGCCUUGAAGAGCCAGCAGCAGCCUGUCCUGAAACUGUGGGACCAGAGAUCUCCAGAAAAUCCCAGCUUCUGCUCCAGAUCAACCGUCAGCAGAUCCAGGCUGUUGCUCAGAAUGCUCAGGCGGCUGAGCUCCAGGGCCUGGGGGUGGACGUCUAUGACCAGGAUGUUCUGGAGCAGGGGGUCCUACAGCAAGUGGACAGAGCCAUCCACGAGGCCAACCAGGCUGCGGCCAAGGCUGAGGCCGAGAAAGAGUACGAGUCUGUACUGGAUGAUGUCAGGUCAUGCACAACUGCUCUAAAACAAAUCAACAAAAUAAUAGAGCAGCUCACUCCUUAUGCCACCUCCAGCAAGGACAUCAGCCGGAAAAUUGAGUCUGUCAAAAGGCAAAAAGAGAACAAAGAGAAGCAGUUAAAAAAGAUCAGAGCCAAGCAGAGGAGAUUACAAGCCGUUCUUGGGGGAGAGGAUAUCCUGAAGCUUGAGGCGGAAGUAUUGACUGAGGAUGAUGAAGAGCCAGGCCCUUCCACACUUGGCAGUAUGCUCAUGCCAGCUCAGGAGACAGAAUGGGAAGAGCUCAUCCGCACAGGUCACAUGACACCAUUUGGCACACGGAUUCCUCAGAAGGAAGAAAAGAAGGAGCCGCGGAAGGUGAUGCUCAGCGAAAACUCUGGCUUUGACAAAUACCUAGCUGACCAAGCCAGUAUGGCAGAGCAGAGGAAGAAAAACCCCCAGAAGAAGAAGGCCAAAAAGACUUCCCUAUCAGAGGCUCCUAAGAACGGUGUUUCGACCAAACAAGAGAAGAAGCUGCAGAAGCGCAUGCGAAAGCUUCAGAGGACAGCCUUAAAGGCUCACCCUAAAGCCAGACCUAAAGUGGAGAAAGAGUUUCCUCAGACCAAGAAGAAGAGACAUCGGGAAGGAGACUCGGACAGUGAGGGCUCAGUGUAUGUUCCUAGUGAUGAACUUAUGGACCCUGACGAACCGGAGCCAGAUGAUGAGUUCUGGGUUGAUGAAAAUGAGGAGUAUAAACUAAAGCCCUAUAAGAAAAAGAAAGAGGCCAAGCCCAGGAAGCCCAGGAAAGAAGACGAUAGUGAUGAAUACCUCCCCAGCAGCUCAGAAGAGGAUGAGGAGUCCGGGAAAAACGGCAAGAUGAAGAAAUACAAAGACGACGGCGAUAUUGAAUACUACCGGCAAAGGAUUAGGAAGUGGAAGAGGCAGAGACUCCAGGACAAAGAGCGGAGGAGACAAGCAGGAGAGGAUGAGUCUGAGGAGAGCGACGUUGAGUUUGAUGAAGGUUUUAAGAUGCCAGGCUUUCUGUGGAAGAAACUCUUCAAGUAUCAGCAGACAGGUGUCAGGUGGAUGUGGGAACUGCACUGCCAGCAGGCAGGAGGCAUUCUGGGAGACGAGAUGGGCCUUGGCAAGACCAUCCAGGUAAUUGCCUUCCUGGCAGGCCUGAGCUACAGCAAGCUGAGGACACGCGGCUCCAAUUACAGGUAUGCUGGAUUAGGGCCCACUGUCAUCGUAUGUCCAGCUACAGUCAUGCAUCAGUGGGUGAAGGAAUUCCAUACCUGGUGGCCUCCUUUCCGUGUGGCGGUUCUUCAUGAGACGGGUUCCUUUACUAGCAAGCGGGAAAAGCUCAUCCCUGAGAUAGCUGCUGGUCACGGCAUCCUCAUCACUUCUUACUCGUAUGUGCGGAUCAUGCAGGAUUACAUCCAGAAGUACGACUGGCAUUAUGUCAUCCUGGAUGAGGGCCACAAGAUCAGGAACCCCAAUGCAGGAGUCACUGUUGCAUGCAAGCAGUUCCGGACCCCUCACCGCUUCAUCCUCUCCGGCUCACCCAUGCAGAACAACCUGAAGGAGCUGUGGUCCCUCUUUGACUUUGUGUUCCCAGGGAAACUGGGCACUCUUCCUGUCUUCAUGGAGCAGUUCUCUGUGCCUAUCACCAUGGGAGGAUAUUCCAAUGCCUCUCCAGUGCAGGUGCAGACUGCCUAUAAGUGUGCCUGUGUCCUGCGCGACAGUAUCAACCCGUACCUGCUGAGGAGGAUGAAGGCUGAUGUAAAGGCUAAUCUUGCAUUACCAGAUAAAAGCGAGCAGGUGCUUUUCUGCAGAUUAACUGAAGACCAGCGGAAAGUCUAUCAGGACUUUCUGGAUUCCAAAGAAGUGUAUCAGAUUCUGAAUGGAGAUAUGCAGGUUUUCUCUGGUCUUAUAGCCCUGAGGAAGAUCUGUAACCACCCAGACCUGUUCUCUGGUGGGCCACGGCUUCUGAAGGGUGUGCCUGAGGAGGAACUGACCGAGGAAGAGCACUUUGGGUACUGGAAGCGUUCGGGGAAGCUUAUAGUGGUGGAGUCUCUGCUCAGGCUGUGGUAUAAACAGGGACAUCGUGUCCUGCUCUUCACACAGUCCAGACAGAUGCUGGAGAUCCUGGAGGUGUUUGUGAGGGGAAAUGGAUACUCCUUCCUCAAAAUGGACGGCACCACCACCAUCGCAUCCAGGCAGCCACUCAUAGCUCGGUACAAUGAGAACAAGGAUAUAUUCGUUUUUCUUCUGACGACCAAAGUCGGAGGCUUGGGUGUCAACCUGACUGGAGCCAACAGAGUCAUCAUCUACGACCCAGACUGGAACCCCAGUACAGACACUCAGGCCCGUGAGCGUGCCUGGAGGAUAGGACAGAAGCAGCAGGUGACUGUUUACAGGCUACUGACUGCCGGGACCAUUGAAGAGAAGAUUUACCACAGACAGAUCUUCAAGCAGUUUCUCACCAACCGUGUGCUCAAGGAUCCAAAGCAGCGCCGAUUUUUCAAGUCCAACGAUAUUUAUGAGCUUUUUACACUUAGCAGUCCUGAUGGCUCCCAGGGAACAGAGACCAGCGCAAUAUUCGCAGGCACUGGUUCAGAUGUACAGAUUCCAAAGAGACACAAAACACCUCAGAUGCCAUCAAAGCCAGCGGAGAGCCAGUCUUCUUCAUUGCAUGUUAAAGACCAAAAUGCUUCCUCAGAUCCAUCAUCACACAGAGGCACUACCUCACUCCGCCUCUCCAACAAUAACUCCAAAAUAGACUCUUUAAAUGUUGAAUCCACACAGAACUCUUCUGCAGGCUCGUUAACGAACAGCCCUCAGAAUGACCGUUUUGGUCCCAGCACUUCACAGAAACACAGAGAGAAGAAGAAGCACUGUGACAAAACAGACACGACGAGUGUACCUUCAGAUACUCACAAACACAAGCAUAAAAAGCGCAAGCACCGAGAGGAUGCCCGAUUUGAAGGCCAUCGCAUUUCUCACCUGGUGAAGAAGAGACAGUACAAGAAAGAGGACAAUGAGGAGCAGGAAGAAAAAAAAGAUGAGCGCAAGAGUGAUGAUUAUGUUCUUGCCAAACUGUUCAAGAAAUCAGGAAUACACAGCGUCAUGAAACAUGACACCAUCAUGGAGGCAUCGAACCCAGACUAUGUCCUGGUCGAGGCUGAGGCCAACCGGGUUGCUAAAGAUGCUCUGAGAGCACUGAAGGUGUCUAGACAACAAUGCAGAUUACCCUACUCCAGAGGACCCGCACAAGCCACACCAGCACCUGCCAGGAAAAGAUUCGGACAGAAGAAAAAUCCAGUACUCGCUCAGCCAUCUGGACCCACGCAAAAAUCAACAGAGAAGUGCAAGGAUGCAGCUAUUAUAAAGAAAUCCGGGAUCAAGAAACCAGGGUCAUCUGCCCAUUUCAGCGGAGAGGGAGUGGAGGAAGAGUCAGUUUCUGCUUCCCUCUCCUCUUCCUCACUGCUGGCCAAAAUGAAAGCCAGGAAUCAUCUUAGCUUACCACAGGGUCAGGAAGAGGAAGAGGAGGUGGAAGGAAGCCAGUCUUCUGCCCCUCCUGCCCCACCUACAGAGCACGAUGAGCUGCUGGUGGACCUGAGGAACUUUGUGGCCUUCCAGGCUCAGGUGGACGGCCAGGCCAGCACUAAAGAGAUCUUAGAGUACUUCACCCCCCGGCUGACCUCCUCACAGACUCCAGUGUUUAGAGAACUGCUCAGGAACAUCUGUGACUUCCAUAGGACCCCUGGGCAGGAGGGGAUGUGGAAACUUAAAACUGACUAUAGAUGAGGAGAGUGGGAUGCGUUGUCCUGUUAUACAGAGAUUUUAUAAGCUUGAAAUAAUUGAGUACCAUUUGUUAUGGUAUGAAUUGACACAGCUUAAGGUUGAAUGCAGUUAUUUGGCAACACUUUAUUUAAAGUAUACAUACAUACAUACAUACAUACAUGUCUUCAUAACACAUUCGUAAGCAUCAUAUUAUGUAUUUUUACAGCAGUGCUUGAAUAUUUAUGACCAGCUUAUGCCAUUACCUACAAUAUGCCGUAAUACAAUCAGAUUGUAUUAAUACAACACACAUGAGCCUCAAAAUAAUUCAUAGAAAUUAUCCACAUUAUUUAUAAGUGGGAAUCUGUCUUAAGAAAAUCCUAACACAAAAAAAGCAUAUAAGAGUUUUGAACACUUCAUAUACAGCUCUGAAAAAAGAGGCCACUUAAAAUUAUAAGUUUCUUUGAUUUUACAAAAUUGAAAACCUCUGGAAUAUAAUCAAGAGUAAGAUGGAUGAUCACAAGCCAUCAGACCAAGCUGAACUGCUUGAUUUUCUGCACCAGGACUGGCAUAAAGUUAUCCAAAAGCAGUGUGUAAGACUGGUGGAGGAGAACAUGCCAAGAUGCAUGAAAACUGAUUAAAAACCAGGGUUAUUCCACCAAAUAUUGAUUUCUAAACUCUUAAAAUUUGGGAGAAAUGUUGUCUGUAGUUUAUAGAAUAAAACAAAAAUGUUCAUUUUAUUCCAACAUAUACCUAUAAAUAGCACAAUCAGAGAAACUGAUUCAGAAACUGAAGUGGCCCAUUUUCUCAUUUUUUCAGAGCUGUAUAUUGUUAUAUUAAAUACAUGAAAAUAUAUAUAUUAUAUAUAUAUUAAAUACAUGUAAAUAUGGAUGUAGUGUUUUAAAUAUAUUUCAGUAAAUGUAAUGUAAAUAUAAUGAUGAUGUUAAUACACAUAUAUAUGUUGUGUCAUUUAACAUCUUAUGUUGUGAGUGAUGGCAUAAGCUUUUCAUAAAUACCCGAAUACUGCUUUGUAAAUACAUUAUUUCUAGCUUAUAAAUGUGUUAAAAAGCCCAUAAGUAGGUAGCCCUAAAAUACAAAUUUACCACUUAUUUUUUAAACAGAGUGGUUAGCAUACAAUCUGUAUGUAGACAUAGUGUACUGAUAAUAAAGUGUUGUUUAAUAAUUUAGUAGUAUAGUGUAGUCUUGGUCACUCCUCUACGAUUUAAACUUGAUCUGUAUUUUAUUUUUGUUUAUCUGUUUGUUUAUUUGUUUGUUUCUGGUCUUUGCACGUUUCUUUGUUUCUGUUUUUGUGUUAAACCUGGGAUUUACUUGAUCAUAUGCUCUGUGUAGCUGAAAAUAAUUCAGGGACACAGUUCUGUGCUACAACUGUGAUGGUAACUUAUUUCUAUUCUACUCACAGAUUUAAAGGAGACAUUCGAAUCUGUAUUGCCUUUUUGUGGGUGGGUCGAGAGUUUAUAUACUUUGAACAGAUGCGUACAUGUAAUAAUAUCACUGUUUAGUCACUUAAUUGUUGGGAAGCUGUUUGGAAGCAUUCCAAGGUUUGAUUCCAACAAUGAACAUAUACAAAUAUCUACCUGAAAUCUAUUAUUUGUGUUUACAGAGAGGCGAGGAUGGUGCUUGGAUGGUUUCAGUAUAGGAAAGUCAAUCGAGGACCUUCUGUAUGAUUCCAUACAUAUACAAGCCAAGUGUUAUAAAUGUCAUUAAAAAUGAUCUUCUGGACUUAC